AUGGGUAUCCAAACCGACAUCACGCUCUACACUGAAGGCACACCCAACGGCCUCAAGACCUCUAUUAUCUUGGAGGAGCUUGACUUCAAUACGCACGAGCAGAAGGAGCCAUGGUUCCUCGAAAUCAACCCUAAUGGCCGCAUUCCUGCCCUUACCGACAAAGACGACAAUGGCAACGAGAUCAGGAUAUUCGAAAGCGGGGCUAUUCUCCUGUACAUCGUUGCCAAAUAUGACAAGAAUCACAAAAUCUCAUACCCUUAUGGCUCCAACGAGCACUGGCAGACAGUCAACUGGCUCAUGUGGCAAAUGGGAGGCAUCGGUCCGAUGCAGGGCCAGGCCAACCACUUCACGCGUUUCGCGCCCGAAAAGCUCAAGUACCCCAUCGACCGUUACGUCAACGAGACACACCGUCUCUACCGCACCCUAGACCAGCACCUGACCAAGACCAAAACCGGCUUCAUCGUCGGCGACCGCGUGACCGUCGCUGACAUUGCCAUCUGGCCCUGGGUCGCCGCACACAACUUCUCCGGACUCUCGUCGCUUUCCAGGUACACCAACGUUGUGAAAUGGUUUGAGGCGCUUCUCCAGAGACCAGGGUUCGAGGCUGGCCGCAAUCUGCCCCGUCCUCACUUUCACAUCACGCUCAACGAGCUCCCUGAGGUUGAGCUCGACAAGAUCGCUGAGCAGGGCAAGAAGUGGCAGGAUGAGGCCCGAGAGAGAGACACUGUGCUGUAA